UAUCACAACAUUUUUAUUUAUUAUUUCAACUGUUACUACACCUCGAGCACUCUGCUUUCUUUGUGUUUCCUCAAAAGGGCUAUAUUUUUCCUGCUUUGGAUUGCAGCCUCAGAUUCUGCACAAAAAUCGAUUUGACUUCGGGGAUAAAAGGCAAAGCAGAGAUAAUUAUUAACUGUUGUAGCUAUUCAUUGUUUGCCCCCUUUUCUUGAUUUUUUUUGGGGAGGUUUGAUUAUUGUAGUAGUUGAUAUUUUGAUAUGAUUCUAAGCUCGUGUGGGAGUGGUAUGUGGUGCUGUUUUCUUGAUGUGAGUUAAAGAUGGUAGCUUUAUUGGUAUUAGGUGAAUUCAAUUUGUGAUGCUUUUGGUUAAAUUCGUCUAUAUAUUUAGGAUUCGGGGCGUUUGCUUUUGAGUUGAACAUGAUUGGAAGAUCUUACGGGAAUUACAUGUGUUGAUUUCCUUCCGUUUUUGGUUGGUCGAUUCGGUGAUUUAAGUGAGAUUUUCAUAUCAUAACUUGUUUGUUUAAACGAUUGUAUGACUUCUUCUUAAUUACCCUUUUGUGGGUUGUGUGUUUCCUACUGCUUUUCGACUAUCACUGUUCUACCAUAGGCUUGUUAAGUUGUUACUCCCCUCUUCCUUGGGCGGCACUGGAUUUUAUGUGGAUUUAUUUUGUGUAUUAAGUGAAGAGAAUAAAGUAAGAGAGGGUGAAUAAAGUAGCGAUAAAGGUGUUUCUUUUUCAGUUAUGAGUCAUCUUGGUUGGGACAAACCAAAAAGAAAAUUGGGUCAUCUUUGAUGGGAGGGAGAGAGCAUAUUCUUUCUCGUUUCCGAACACAUGCUUUCUUGAGCUCUGGCUUUGUCCUCUCUUCUUUGAGAACCAUCUGCAUUUGUCAUUGAUAUCUUUCAUAUAGUUUCUUUCUUGGAAAAUACUAGUACUAUGUUUUAACUUGUUGCUAGAAUACUUGUGGAGAAUGGGAAGAAUGGUGUGCUGAUCUUUUGUCUUACUUAUACGGGUAUAAUUCUUUGUAAUCUCGAACAAAACGUAAAAGAGUAGAUGGUAGGUUAGCCUAUAUGUUGCCAAUAGCUAAUGCAGUAUAUAACGAGUUUUUCCUGCAUCUUCGUGCACAGGUUUUAUUGUUUUGAGCCCUACUCAUGGACUCCCCUCAAUUGGUUGUUUCACCGCUCAAGAGCUCCUUCCCGGAGUCUGAGAAACAGCAUACUGCAGACAAGUCAAGCCACUUUUCAAGGGAAAUCAAUUUCCAGAAGAAGGGAAGUGCAGUGGGUAACUUGGAGGAGUUCGUAGGUGCUUUGGAGGUCUACAUACACCAAGCUAGGGAUAUCCACAACAUUUGCAUCUAUCAGAAACAAGAUGUUUAUGCUAAACUUUGUCUUACUAGCGAUCCUGAGAAGACAGUCUCUACCAAGAUCAUCAAUGGUGGUGGGGCAAACCCGAUUUUCAAUGAGAAUCUCAGUCUCAAUAUUCGCAAAGUUGAUUCCUCCCUUAAAUGUGAGAUAUGGAUGUUAAGCAGGGUGAGGAAUUAUCUUGAAGAUCAGCUUCUUGGGUUUGCUUUGGUGCCUAUAUCUGAAGUCUUCCUUAACAAUGGAUUCGUUCAGUUGUCCGUCACUUAUAUUGGAGUGCAACCUGAAGUCAUUCCAAUCCCGGCACCACCCACAUAUGUGGAGACUGAUUCAAUGACCAAGGACACUGAAUCUACCAAGUCUGUUCCCGAUGAUAUGGAUAAGAUCGAGUUUCCUGACCCAAAUGUUGCAAAUGAGAAUCACCAGAUGGUCGAAGAAUAUUUUGGGAUGCCAUGUAGCAAUGUGGACUCACCAAGUUCAGAUAGCCUGGUCAGUUCUGAUACUGAGAAUCAGGUUAGCUCGGAGAUUGAAGUCCAGCAUGAAGAAAGUUUCUCGAUGCGAACUACAUGUUCAAGACCAACCCCAAAGGUUGAUUCUCCUCCGAGCAGCACAUCAACGAAUGGAGGUUCCUCUGCAUCAGCUCCCGUGAGUUUUCAGUCUUCUGAGACUCUAAAAGAUUCAAAAUCUCCGGGUGAGGAACUCGUUUCACUUCCUAAAGACAAAUCCAAGGAAAAAAUUGCCAACGGAGUUGAUGUGGACAGUAAUGCAUCAGGUGGGGUGUCAAGUGAUACAUCUGCAAAGCCCGUUAUCACAGUGCCGGAGCCAAAGGUGGUUCAGCAGGACAUAGUGGAUAUGUACAUGAAGAGCAUGCAGCAAUUUACUGAAUCCUUAGCUAAAAUGAAGCUUCCCAUGGACUUUGAAAACGGGCCGACCAGCUCAGAGAAUUCAACGAGUUCUGGGCAGAAGACUCCAGGAUCGAAGAACUCGGGCUCUCGAGUAUUUUAUGGAAGUAGAGCUUUCUUCUGAGCAAUUGUUGAGGUUCCCAGGAUACACAGGUGACUUUAGUGACUAAAAUGGAGACUGAUGGUAGUAGUAGCAUUUAGAUGUAAUGUAAUCUGGUGGUGUACUUUAUCUGGCUAUGUAUUAGAUGAUAAAAAAAGAUACUGACUUGUAUGUUGUAUGAGUCUUGUGCCAUCUGAGUUACUUGUAAUGUACAUUUAAGACCUCUGCUGUUUAAUCUCGCCACUUUACUCUUAA